AUGAUGAAGGUGGCUGUGGUGGUGGAAACCCUAGCCUUCGGUGACCCAAUCGAAGCACAAUGUCGCGAUUCACAAUCGGAAACCCUACCUUGCGAGUGGGAGGAUUGCGACUUGAAGACACUGAGAGAGAAUGGGAGAGAGGCAGAAAUCGAGGCCAGCGUCGGGAGCGAGCGCAAGAGGGAGGGUAGGAAAGAAGAACAGAGAGGGAGAGAGAGACAGAGAGGGAAUGGAAGGAGACGAGUUAAACCAAAUUACCCCAAUCUGGGUUCGAUUGAUGCAUCAACAACUGGGCCACGUGUCAGGUUGGAAGGAUCAUCUAGGUUUAUUUCAAUGUUCUCCCAACAAGGAAGAAAAGGGAUUAAUCAAGAUGCAAUGACUGUUUGGGAGAACUUCAACGGCGAAAAAGAUGCAUACUUCUGUGCGGUGUUUGAUGGGCACGGUCCAUCGGGUCACAAAGUGGCACAACAAGUACGCGACAUGUUACCUGCAAAGUUGUGCUCAAUGUUUAAACAAUCGCAAGUAAAUGGAUUCAAUCGCAACAAUGAAGCCGAUGAGAACGUUGACAGUGAAGAUGAUCAUAACAAUAAGUUCUUUUCUUCAUGGAAGGCCAAUUUACUCAAGUCAUUCCAUGAGGUUGAUGAAGAUCUUUGUGAGGAUGGUACUCUUGACACCUAUUGCAGUGGUUCAACAUCAGUAGCUAUACUCAAACAGGGUAACCACUUGGUAAUUGCAAACUUAGGGGAUUCACGCGGUGUUCUUUGCACUAGAGAUGACAAAAAUGAACUUGUGUCGGUCCAACUCACAGUCGACUUGAAACCAAAUCUUCCAAGAGAAGCUGCGAGAAUUAAGAGUUGCAACGGCAGAGUUUUCGCAAUGGAUGAAGAACCAGAAGUGUUUCGAAUAUGGAUGCCCGAGGAAAAUUGCCCUGGUCUUGCUAUGGCUAGGGCAUUCGGAGAUUUUUGCUUGAAGGAUUUUGGCCUAAUCUCGACCCCUGAGAUUACCUAUCGGAAGCUUACGAGCAGAGAUGAAUUCAUCGUCUUAGCAACCGACGGGGUAUGGGAUGUGCUAUCCAACAAGGAUGUCAUAGAGAUUGUUGCUUCAGCAAAAAGGCGAUCCAUAGCAGCUAGACUGCUUGUAGAUUGCGCUGUCCGAGCCUGGAGAUACAAGUAUCCAAAUUCCAAGGUCGAUGAUUGUGCAGCCAUAUGCUUGUUCCUCAAAAACGGACCUUUGCUCACCAAAUCUAUGUCCAAUGCAAGCCAAUUCAGCAAGAAAUACGCAGAAAAGACAGUUCCUCAUCACUCCAAGAACUUGAAGAGCGAUGAUGGACUCGACACUGUGAUAAACUGCGACAUAACAGCGCCCCCACCAGCAAAGGACUCGGCGAGACUUGCACAGUCAGUGAGUCAGGGUCUAAGUCACCGGAAACCAGCAAAAGAUUUGAAAUAGUUGAAUUAUUGAUGUAUUCUGGAUUUUCGUUGGAACCUGGAUUGGGGUUUUACCAAUCUUACUGGGGUAUGAAUCUGUAAGAAUUUAUACAUUCUUCAAAGUGAUGUUUGAAGAAGCCAGGCUUGUGAAGAGGGGAAAAGAAGAGGUAGUACAAGUAGCAGUAGUAGAAUCUAAAAAAAGAUGACAUCAAAAAAGCAACAUUUUAUAAAAUAAGGGAAAAAUAAAAAAAUAAAAAAUAAGAUGUAAAACAAUAUUAAGGUGUUUAUGUCUGCUACCCAACAUGUUUGCUUUAAUUUUUUUA